GUUCUGAAAUUGAAAUCCAAAAAAAACGAUGUAAUUUUCGUUUGACAAGCACAUAAUGCUUUCUAUGCCGAUUUUGCUCCAUUUCUGUACUACCAAAAAUGCUACAACUUAUACGUUUAGUUGGGUUCAUUUUUCAUAUGCAGCGCAAGCUUUUCACUUCUCAAGAAAUCAGCUUCUUAUGUUAUGAUAAUGCCACAGUAGUCUGUAAUACAAUCUCUUCUUCUUAUAUUCAUUUAUUGAGAGGCAACAUUCAGGAAAAAUGCUUAGCAGAGGGAAAACUUAAUCAUGCCCACAUAAAUGAAAGAGUAUUUGCAACAGACAAGGUUCUGGGGAACAUGCUUAUUAACAUGUAUGCCAAAUGUGGGAAUUUGGUUGAUUCACGCAAAGUGUUUGAGAAAAUGUCAGAAAGAGAUGUCUGCUCGUGGACUGUCAUUAUUGCAGCUCAUGUAAAGCAGGGUUUUUCUGAAGAGGCAUUGAUACUGUUUCACCAAAUGCAACUGACGGAUUUCCAACCCAAUCACUUCACCUUUUCUACUGUUAUUUCAGCAUGUGCGAAUUUAUUGUGUCUGGAAUGGGGUGUCGGAAUCCAUGAACACACAGUAAGAAGUGGAUUUCAGUUUCAUGUCUCUGUUGCAAAUGCUCUUGUGGACAUGUAUGCAAAAUUCGGCAGAAUUGAGGAUGCGCGACAAGUGUUUGACAAAAUUUUUCAACCAGAUGUCGUCUCCUGGACAGCUAUGGUUGCUGGAUAUGCGCAGAAUGGGUACGCGGAGAAAGCCCUGGAGUUGUUCUUACAAAUGCCUAGGCGAAACGUUGUUUCAUGGAAUGCUAUAAUUUCAGGGCUCGCUGAGAAUGGAUUCGUUGGCAAAGCUCUGGAGCUUUUUGAAGAGAUGCCUGAUAAAAAUGUGGUCUCGUGGACAGCUAUGAUUGCAGGGUUUAUACGAAAUGGGUACAAUGAGGAAGCCCUUAAGCUGUAUCGAGAAAUGCUUUCAGCAGGAAUCAGGCCGGAUUCCAAAACCUUUGCCACUGUUAUCCCAGCCUGUGCUAACUCGGGUGAUCUGGGAAUGGGUAUGGAAUUCCAUGAAAAGAUAAUAACGAGCGAGCUUCAUUUUGAUCCUGUCGUGGCUAAUGCGUUGAUCGUUAUGUAUGCAAAAUGUUUAAGCAUUCAGAAAGCUCGUAAGCUGUUUGAUAAAAUGCGUAACCGAGAUGUUGUUUCUUGGACAGCAAUGAUUGCAGGAUAUGCCCAGAAUGGGUUUAUAGAUAUGGCGCUUAAACUCUUUGAGGAAAUGCCUCAGCGAAACGUGGUGUCAUGGAAUGCAAUGAUUGCUGGAUUAGCAAAGAAUGGGCUUGUUAAUGAGGCAUGGAAACUAUUCAAGGAAAUGCCUGAACGAACUGCGGUCUCAUGGAAUGCAAUGAUUUCAGGUUAUGUGCAGAAUGGUUUGGUUGAUGAAGCCAUGGAGCUCUUUAAGAAAAUGCCUCAACAAACCAUGCUCUCCUGGAAUACCAUGAUUACAGGAUUUGCACAGACUGGGCUUGUCAAUGAGGCCCUCAAUCUCUUCAAGGAGAUGCCCCAGUGGAAUGUGGUUUCAUGGAAUGCCAUGAUUGCUGGAUUUGCACAGAAUGGGCAUGGUGAAGAGGCCUUGAAUCUUUUCCAAGAUAUGCAAUCAGCAGAACUAAACCCUGACUCAAUGACCUUCAGCUGCAUUCUCUCAGUAUGUGCUAACUUUGCAGCUCUGAGACAGGGUAUGGAGAUUCAUGAAAAAAUAGUUAGAAAUGGAUUUCAGUGUGACGUUACUGUGGUGAAUGCCUUGAUAGACAUGUAUGCAAAAUGCGGGAGCAUACAAAAGGCAUGGGAGUUAUUUGAUAAGAUGCAUCAACGGAAUGUUAUCUCAUGGACAGCCAUGAUUGGAGGCUAUGCGAUGCAUGGCCGCACCAGGGAAUCCCUCAAACUCUUUGAAGAAAUGAAACAAUCAGGCAUCAAUCCGGAUCAUAUCACCUUUGUUUCUGUUUUGUCUGCAUGCAGCCAUGCAGGUUUAGUAGAAGAAGGUUAUCAAUAUUUCAGCCAUAUGAGUAAACAUUAUGAUAUCCGACCUACUAUGGACCAUUAUAACUGUAUGGUAGAUCUUUUUGGUCGAGCUGGAAAUUUGGAGAAAGCACAAGACUUCAUCAAUAAAAUGCCAAUAAAACCUGAUGCCAGUGUUUGGAGUUGUCUGCUUGGUGCCUGCAGAGUGCAUAAUAAUAUAGAACUAGCUGAACAUGCUGCACAACACCUUUUUCUGUUGGAUCCAAGAAACGAUGCACCUUACGUGCUACUCUCAAACGUCUAUGCAGCAGCUGGGAUGUGGAAUGACAUUGAAAUUAUAAGAAACAUGAUGAAACACAGAGGCAUAAAAAAAAGCCCUGGAUGCAGCUGGAUUGAGGUCAAUAAACAUGUCCAUGCUUUCCUUACAGGAAAUACAUCAGAUCAACAAAUGUAGUACAGGAUUAAUACCCAGUAUGGCAGUUGUGCAGAAUCAUAAAUUGAAAUUCUCUCAGGAUAGGGAAACACUGAGAAGCUUAUGAUAACGUUACAAGUGACCCUUGCGUCAGCAUUAUGAACAAGUUAAAACCUGUGAAUGCACAGAGUGGUAAACAAAUUUUAUCACCAUUGCUAUCACUACUAAUCUGGCAUCUCUAAGUACUCCAAGACACGUUUAAUGAUUUAACCAAUAGUACUUUUGGAAAAAAACUGUUUGAGAAUUUUGUCAACAACCUUUGGGGUCACACUACUAAUUCAUCACAAUUUCAUGACAUGAUCUUAUUGUUUAGUGAUGUUUAUAGUGCCCAUCCUGUUUUCCAUUUUAACAUCCAAAAUGAGCCAAAAGAGUUAUACAAAGUGGUUGGGUGGAGUGAUGAAUCAUAAAACAAGUUCAACAAAAUCAGAAAACCAAAACCGGAGAGGGAUGUGAGAAUGACAGCAGCUAGCAGCACCCAGGAAAAAAUGAUUUCCCUAUCAACCCUUUGUUGUAGUGAAUCCUAAAAACAAGUUCAACAAAAUCAGAAAACCAACAUUGGGGAGGGAUGUGAAGAUGACAGCAGCUGGUAGCACCCAGGAAAAAAUGAUUUCUAACCCUUUGCUGUGAAGAUCAAGGGCAGAAGGAUAUGUUGAAGGAUUUCCAAGUGACUAAACUUGGAAAAUGCCUCCGUAGAACCAUUAGCUUCCUCUUCAAAUAGUUUCACCUCCAAGAGAGAGGCCUUCCUUUUGUAAAAUUAUGGAGCAGGAUUGAAGUUUGCACUGGAAAAUAAAUUGAAAAUAAAUAGAACACCAUUCAAACUUG